UUAUUAUUUUGUCAUUGCACGGCACAUUCAGGGGAUCAGAAGACACAGCACAGCAAUCGGGACAUCAGUGGGAUCAGCAGCGGGACCCUCACUUUAGCACGAUGUCUCAGUCCCCUGGUGCUCCUCGUCAUGAAGCCUGCAAUUCAGGGCCCCCACAUCCAACCAGAAAAACUGAGUGUGAGAGACUUUGUGAGAUAAAAGGUGUUCCAUUCCUCUCCUCCAUGUGUGAAAUCUUUGACAAGGUAGAAAAGUUCCAGGCCAAAGCAGAUGACGUUUUAAUAGCCACCUACCCCAAGGCAGGUACCACCUGGAUGAUUGAAAUCGUGGACAGCAUUCGCCAAGGUGGCAUCACAAAAGAAAUCAAAACCAUCCCCAGCCACGAGCGCGCCCCAUAUCUAGAGAUGAACAGCCAGGACAUGAUUCCGUCAGGUCUGGACCUUCUGGAAGCCAUGCCAUCUCCUCGACUUGUUAAAACUCAUCUCCCAUUCCAACUGGUGCCGCAGUCCUUCUGGGACAAAGGGUGCAAGGUGAUUUACGUUGCCCGGAAUGCCAAGGAUGUCCUUGUUUCAUACUACUUCUUCCAGAAGACGUUCAUCGGUCUGCCAAAUACGGGCACCUGGGAUGACUUCUUUGAGAGCUUUCUCUCAGGAAAUGUGGAAUGUGGCUCCUGGUUUGAUCACGUGACAGGCUGGUGGGACGUCAGGGAAAAGCACCAGAUCCUCUAUGUCUUUUAUGAGGACAUCUUGCAGGACCCAACAAGGGAAGUGGAGAGGGUGGCAUGUUUUCUGGGUCACACACUAGACAAAGGGACGAUUCAGGAAAUUGUGAAGCACACCUCCUUCAACAUGAUGAAGGACAACCCCAUGACUAACGCCAGCACAAUGUCCACCAGUGUCCUGGACCUGAGCAUCUCGCCCUUCAUGAGGAAAGGCCAAGUGGGAGACUGGAAGAACCACUUCACUGUGGCUCAGAAUGAAAGGUUCGAGGAGGAGUACAGGCGGCGAAUGGCCAAAACAUCACUGCGUUUCAGAACGGAGCUCUGCACAAUGUCUCAGUCACUUGGUGCUCCUCGUCAUGAAGCCUGCAAUUCAGGGCCCCCACAUCCAACCAGAAAAACUGAGUGUGAGACACUUUGUGAGAUAAAAGGUGUUCCAUUCCUCUCAUCCACAUGUGAAAUCUUUGACAAGGUAGAAAAGUUCCAGGCCAAAGCAGAUGAUGUUUUAAUAGCCACCUACCCCAAGGCAGGUACCACCUGGAUGAUUGAAAUCGUGGACAGCAUUCGCCAAGGUGGUAUCACAAAAGAAAUCAAAACCAUGCCCAGCCACGAGCGCGCCCCAUAUCUAGAGAUGAACAGCCAGGACAUGAUUCCAUCAGGUCUGGACCUUCUGGAAGCCAUGCCUUCUCCUCGACUUGUGAAAACUCAUCUUCCUUUCCAACUGGUCCCGCAGUCCUUCUGGGAUAAAGGGUGCAAGGUGAUUUAUGUUGCCCGGAAUGCCAAGGAUGUCCUCGUAUCAUUCUACUUCUUCCAGAAGACGUUCACUGGUCUGCCAAAUACGGGCGCCUGGGAUGACUUCUUUGAGAGUUAUCUGUCAGGAAAUGUGGCAUGUGGCUCCUGGUUCGAUCACGUGACAGGCUGGUGGGACGUCAGGGAAAAGCACCAGAUCCUCUAUGUCUUUUAUGAGGACAUCUUGCAGGACCCAACAAGGGAAGUGGAGAGGUUGGUGCAUUUUCUGGGUCACACACUGGAUAAAGGCACAAUUCAGGAAAUCGUGAAGCACACCUCCUUCGACAUGAUGAAGGACAACCCCAUGACUAAUGCCAGCACAGUGCCCACCAGUGUCCUGGACCUGAGCAUCUCGCCCUUCAUGAGGAAAGGCCAAGUGGGAGACUGGAAGAACCACUUCACUGUGGCUCAGAAUGAAAGGUUCAAGGAGGAGUACAGGCGGCGAAUGGCCAAAACAUCACUGCGUUUCAGAACGGAGCUCUGAGCUUGGGACGAAACUGAGGGAGCGGGUACAUCUGUCUUACGGCGCUUUGGAGCCCUCUGCUGGACAUCUCGUGGAUCGUUUAAGUUUAGGAUCUUGGAUUUGUAUACAUGGAGACAUAAAUUGGUGUUGCUUUGAUCUAAAUGUGGAAAAUGUCAUCCAAUCCGCUUCCUAGUGGAUUUACAUUACAUCUCAAGAUACUUAUGUUGAAUAAAUGAUUGAAAAGAGAAA